UCACUGAAACUGCCGGGGACUUGUGACCGUAGCACAAUCAAGAGUAACGUCAUCGAACAUGGCAGAUACGUCAGAUUACCCGAGAGGGGAAUCAUUUAUGGAUCCUUUUAGGGGAAUACUAGUGGCAUAUUUUAUGCCAGAAAAUUGCUACGAUAAAUUCUUUCUGGAUUUCGACUUUCUGGACGUACCAUGUCUGAAGAUUGUACUGAGCAAAGCCCUGGGGAUCGGCAUCAUCCUGGGAUCAGUGCUGGUGAAAUUACCUCAGAUCAUAAAACUGAUGAGAGCAAAGAGUGCAGAGGGGCUGAGCUUCAACUCUGUGCUCCUGGAGCUGCUGGCCAUCACUGGAACAAUGGCCUACAGCAUGUCCAACAAGUUCCCCUUCAGUGCCUGGGGUGAGGCUCUGUUCCUCAUGCUGCAGACGGUCACCAUCGGCUUCCUCAUCCAGCAUUAUGGAAGGAGAACCGGCAUAGGUCUCUUGUUUGUGGUGGUAUAUUUCCUCCUGCUGGCCGUCCUCCUGUCUCCAGUCACUCCCAUGUCAGUGGUCACCAGCAUGCAGGCCUUCAACAUGCCAGCCAUCAUCAUCGGCAGGCUGAUCCAGGCUGCAACCAACUUCCGUAACGGACACACGGGCCAGCUGUCUGCCAUCUCCGUCUUCCUGCUGUUCGCCGGAUCGCUCGCUCGGAUCUUCACCUCCCUGCAGGAAACCGGGGAUUCGCUGAUGGCUCUGACGUAUGUCAUAUCCUCCACAUGCAACGGCAUCAUCACUCUGCAGGUCCUCUACUACUGGAACAGCAGCCCUGAACACAAGAAGAAGAAGAAGAAGAAUAAGAGGGAGUAAACAGCCGGAGGCUGUAGUGUGGUUUAUGAGCGGUUUUCGACUUUCUCUUCUUCAAAACCCGAGGAGCUCACAGACAGCGAGCGGAGCAGCACUAACAUCCCAUUCCAGGAAGAGAAGACGUUUCCAGACCAGAGUGAUGAUGUGCAGCUCCUGUCAUCUGGGCUCCGGACCGCUCCUCCCAUCAUCACCCAGUGAUCACAUUCCAGGGAAACAUUCCUCAUCACGACAACCUGCUCUGACGAUCAGGAUUAACAAACGCAAAAGUUCUGUGGGAGCUUUUAUUUCUGUUCAUUUUCCCGCCUAAAAUCAAAUUCUGAUUAUUUUUUUUUCUUUUGUUAAUUGAAAUCUUGAUAUGUGCUGAAACAGUAUGAAUAUUCAAUUUCCAAAUAACUGGAGCUGCUGCUGCAGUUCCAGCCUGUUUUUCUUUUGAAUCUGAUGUAAAAAAAAAAAAAGCUUUAGAAUCGAUGAACUGAAACCACGCCUGCAGCUUUUCACACGCCGCCGCUCCGCUGGCGUGUAAUCAGUCCCGACAUCGUUAUGUGCAGUAAAGGAGGAAGUUCUGCGUUGGAGCCGCCGUAAAGCAGAGCCGACUGUCAGGAAGUGAAUCAUCAAACUGAAUUGGAUCCUGAGUCCGGCCGGUGAACAGACUGGUUUGGUUCUGACCCAAAAACCUCUGACUGAUUUAUGAUCUACUGCACUGCUUCAAUGUAUAAAAGCAUAAUUGAAAUUGAACUUAUUGCAGUUUUUCUCAGUUUCUUUGGUGCUUUUCUAAUUUUAAAUUAGUUUUGUUUUUUUUGUCCUGUUUAUUUGUGUUACCAUGGAGCUCAGUCUGACAGACAGACAGACAGAUGGAUACAGUUGAAACCAGAAGUUUACAUACAGUACAAUAAAACAAGAUUGAAGAAAGUCAUAAAAA